GGGUCUUGCUGCUGUUGUUGCUUGUUGGCAUCUUGUGCAUUGACUAGGUAGCACACAGACCGCAGGCCAGCGCAAACAAAGCACAUCCAUCAGCAUUGUGGAACGGAACCAUGGACAGAGGUCAUCCAUCAACCUGGCCGGAGGUCCUUUCUAGCAUGAACGGAUUCCCGUUUCCCCAUCUGUCAGCGUGCAGGGAACUCAAUAGGCGAGCGCGGGAUGGAAGUGAGGAUCACGAGGAUCCGGACCUGAUCGUUUUGCCCGAUGGCAAGACCUUUUACCUGCAGAGACGGCUCGUCAACUCUCUCUUUGGGGCCGUCUUCCAUGGCAUCCAGGGGGUGUGCCCGAAUACAAACGACCCUUUUUCGUUUGCCGCGCCCUUUAGAGAGGAGGAACAGUUCCACGUGGCGGUGAAGAGAUCGAGCCUUGCGCAUAUGCGGCGAACUCCACAGGAGAACGUCUUCAAAGAAAUCGCAGUCAUGCGUGAUUUGGCGGCUGGGUCAAGGCAAGCAGGCGGACACCAGUUCGUCAUGCCGUUAGUGGCGGCGUGCAUGUCAGAGACACACGUGUACGUGGUGACACCGUACUGCGGGGGGGGGGACCUGUUGAGAAUGGUGGAGCCGGGGGAGGGGACGGGGGAGCAACAAGCAAGGAAAUGGUUUCGGCAGAUUUUGUACGGGCUAGCUCAUGUGCACUCGAGGGGCCUUUGUCACCACGACUUCAGCCCUGAGAAUGUCGUCAUCACCAGAAUGGGAGACGCCGCGGUUGUGAUGGACUUCGGCAUGGUUCAGCGAAUGCGGAGAGGUUCCCGGGGAGAGGUGCUGCCGGCGCGCGAUGCACAGCGAUUCGGAAAGCUUAGGUAUAUGGCGCCGGAGAUCUGGAACAACCAGGAGUACGACGGGAGGCAGAUUGAUAUCUGGUCCGUCGGAGUCACGCUGCUGGUGUGUCUGCUAGGAGACUACCCGUGGCAAGCUCCGACGCGUGUACCGAUGGAGGCACAAGAGAUCUACAGGCGAGUUUCGGACAUCUACAGCUACACGACCUUGGAGCAGCACGGGGCCGGAGUAAUGCUCGAUAGAUUAAAUCUCACGUCGAGAAUAUCUGCGGGGGCGGUGGACCUCUUGUGCCAGAUGCUGGUGGUGGACCGCAGGCUUCGUCCAUCCUCGGCGCAACUGCUAGCACAGCACCCGUUUUUCGCGGCGUAGUUGUUUGAGGUCGACAUUGUUAGGCUUGGCGUUUGGCCAGGCCUGAGCGAUGGCAGGAAUAUCUAACACACGGAUAAGGGGGUAUUCUUUGGUGAUGAGAGCACGGGGAAGGGAAGGGGAUCCGAGUGUCUUGGCGUCAUAAUUUCCUCAAGUAUACCCGCAACCCGAUAGACUAACACGUAGGCAUUAUUUUGUGAUUUUUCCGCUUUUUUGGUAAAUACAUGCAUAUUCCAAAGUAACAAGUGUUUCGUGUGUUUCUCCUGAUUACGGAGUCGCUCCGCACAAUUAAUUGGUCCGUGGUUGGUUGGAAGUGGGCUUCCGUAAGUUUUGUAGCUGUUGGUGCGAGAGUGAAUGCGUGAGGUGUGCUCUGGUGGUUCUACACCUUCUUCCCCUUCUUGAAAUGCGGGCUGUGUAUGGUUGAUAUGUAAUUUAGUGUGGUGCAAUGGCCAAUUUUUGUGAGCGUUUAAAUUAUGAUGAUUCUUGGAAGGAUGCCAUUUUCGUGGACACAUCCCCCGGGCGGGCGUCGAUAGACAUGUUCGUGGCCGACCAUAGGUGGUGCGGAAUUCACCGAAACGCGCACGCCCGAGCAGUUGACUUUUACGUGGCAAGCAGGGCGGAUCGUCGCGUGAGUUGGUGUGUGCAAGAGGCUUGAAGCGGACGACAGCCGCGUACCUAGAUGGAGUUUAGCACGGGCUUGUCAGGUGUGCGAAACGAGAAAUACUCCAUCUCCGUCUGCAGCUCGUGCGUAUGCAUGCGACGAGAGAAAAAAUGUGAUGCGAGUGACGUCCGAUGCACGUAAGCAAAGCACGUGGUGCGAUCUUGUAGUCGGCCACGGAGUAGAGCUCAGCGCACAGCGUAUCCACACGUGGGGCGUUACGAU